GGCUAGUCGUCAUUAAGUCGCAGCCCGUUGAUCGAGAAAGGUGGUUAAAAGUUGGACGGUUGGUUGGAAAUCUCAUCGAAAGUAUUUUUAAUUUGAGAAAAAAGUUUGGAAAAGUGUUGUUGAAAAGGUGGACCACUAAGCCGUCAACAUGGUUCUGGAUAUCGCAUUAGCCCGAUACGACAAUACGACCCCGUUUGGGUUCAAAAUGGUCGGUGGAGCGGAUUUUGACGUUCCGCUGCAGGUCGUGAGAAUUCUACCCGGAAGCAUCGCCGAGGAGGUUGGCAUGUCGAUCGGUGACGUCGUGGUUCGCAUCAAUGACAUCCCCACGAGCAACCUGUCGUACUACGAUGCCCACCAGCUGUUGGCCUGCGCCGGGAACCGGUUCGUGCUCGGAAUUUUGAGAGCCCGCGAGAUCCCCCCGCAGCAGCGUGCCGUCGUCAAGGAGCGCACCCCGGGCACCGUCGGCGAAGUCGAGUACAUCAACCGCACGCCAAAACCCUUCUGGACUCCGUCCUCCUCCGCCAACACCAACUAUUUGUCGGAUCAACCGACCACCACCACCACCACCACCGAAGAGCGCGAAAUCGAGGAAAAGAUCCCGGACGUUCCGAUCACGGACGAGCAGAUCGCCGAGAUCAUGUCCGGCGAAGCCGAAGUCCUCAAGCAGCACAACAUCAUUGGCGUCAACUUCAACAAGAUGAUCCCGACGGCCGGGGUGUUCAAGCAGAGCGAGGUGUUCAAGACGCUGAACAGCGAGCUCGUGCAAACGGAGGACGAGGAGGGGGACAAGAAGUGGACGACGUUCAUGCAGAAGCCGUCGCGACCACCGCCGAAGACGCGCGAAGAGAAGGAACGCGAGACGUGUCCGGCGUCGGAACGCUACCAGGUACGGAUCGUAAAACAGCCGAAACCGAAGGUCGCGCCCGACUACAAGCCACCCAAGUCACCGGAGCCGGAACCGGAGCCGGAACCAGUGCCGUUCUACGACGAGUACUUGAACGAAAGGACGGAAGCCGAGGUUGAGACGAUCAAAACGCUGGAGGCGGAACCGGUCAUGUUGGAUCCAGCAGCUGCCACAGGUAGCCCGGCGGCGGAGUCCUCCGAGGAUGAAACGUCCGAGGAGUUCCGCGAGCAGCUGCAGAACGUCCAGAAGCAGCUGGAGGCGCUGUCCAGCCUGCCGAACACGAUCCAGCUGACGAUCGCGGCCCUCACCGAACAGCUGGCCGCUCUGGCUCAGCCCAAACGAAAGUCCAAGAGUGUUACCCCGCGACCUGCAGAAGUUUCCGCAGCCGAAGUGACCGAGAUCGUGCCGGAAGUGGCGGAAACGUUCGAGGUCAGUGCGUUUACAAAAACGGAAGACGAGCAGGGUGCGGGCGAACAGUCGACCGGCAGCUCCGACGAGGGUGAACACAUCGAGUACACCGAGGAACAGCUCGAGAAGCUACAGCAAAGGAUGAAGGAGCACGACAUCGAGUGGACCGACCGUAACGAUAAGACUUCGGAAGAGUCGUCCCAGGCCGGUGGCACCUGCAGUGUCCAACAGUCGGGUGAAACCCGGACGGCAGUCCAGAACGAGCUCAAGCUGCAGGUCGUCAAGAAGAAGAAGAAGGCGGUCAGCGCGUUUGGGCCGCUGGUGCCGGCCGAGCGGCCCAUCUACCUGCCCGGGGGUCGCAAGUGGCGCAACGCCAAGGACGCCUUCAACGAGCAGUUUAUCGCAGAGGUGAUCAGCUCGCAGGCGGAACUGAUUCAGGGCACCACGCUGGGGGUCAACUUCCUCAAGUAUCAAAAACCGGAAAAGGACCUCAGCUUCAUCAAGAACAGCGACGUGUACAAAUUGAUCCACGACCAGGACGCACCCAAAUGUGGCAUCGAGCUGCGUCCUGAGCUGGUGAUCGCCGAGGAGGAUGUCCGAAAGGUAAUGCACGACGAAACCAUUUUCCAACCCCGCAAGGACAAGGCCUUUUUGUACCAAAAUUGAAGUCCUUUUUCCUUCCUCAAAAAAAAAAAAAAAAAACAUCCCUCAAACCUCAUUUACUCAACAAAAAUGCCUCAUUUCACUCGUUUCAUCUUACUCAUCGAUCGUCGACGUCCCGACCAACUUCCUCGUGAUUGGCAUACUUUCCCUCUCCUGGUGCACGUGCCCGCUGAAUCGUCCGAUGUCCGGAAAUAACACCAACUACGGUGACAACAACAAAACAGUGUGCAUCGCCGUGUUGAAAGGGUUAGCCUUCUAGUUUGUACAUAUUGUACGUCCACACCUCCUCUUCCUUUUUUCCCAGAUGUUUUGACAAACUUUGCCAAAUUGAAAACGAUCAAUACAAAAAAUCCUAUUAAUAGAGUCGUCUCUAUCCCUAUUGAGAGACGAGAUUGAGUCAGGUGUUUCUUUAGAUUUGUAAGGAUUCAAAUAGUUUUAAGCUUCUUCACAUACUUUCAUUCUAGCACUUUAGGUCGAGUACUUUGUUCUAAUUUUGUGGAAAGUCAUAGGUUGCCUUCUAGAAAAACAAGUUCACGUCAUUUGAGUCGAAUUUAGUUCCCGCAUCAUACCUAGAUUUAGUUCAAUAAAAGCAAACGACAGCAGGUGAAAAAGAGUGAACAAAGACUCGCUGUAAUCCUCUAGAGUUUAGGUACAAAGUUAAUAGUUAACCGCGCGUGUAGUUUGUUUUUCUCAUACUGGUGUUGAAUGACGCAUUAUACCCGUACACUUACGACAAGUUUAGAUGGUAAAUAAAA